UAAUCACAUCUUUAAUUGAAUCGAUUAAUGGUCUGUUUUUUCUGACGUAUUAUCGAGAAGAUUUCGAUUUUUUUUUUUUAAUCAGGGGAAGCUAUUCGAGUGAAUGCUUUACUAAAACAUAAAAGCCAAGAGCUCUUUCUUGAGCCCUAGCAAUUUUCCCUCAAUUUGCAAUUCUUAUGGUUCAACAAAACAAACGAUUAUCACUAUGUAACAGCGAGGUUAAGCUAAAUAAAACCCUAUUUCCCAUUUUAAUCACCGGUUGCCAACUAUUAUAUGUCACUCGCUAAUUACAAGGGUUAAUGUCACAUUUGAUCACUAGGUUUAUCAAAAUGUGUUAUGUUUAGUCACUAGAAAAAAUUAAUAUUAAUAAUGGUCACUAAAUUUAGUAAAACAUGUCAGGUUUGCUCACUCUCCGUUAGUUUCCGUCCAACUCUGUUAAUAGAGUCCGUUAUGUGCUGACGUGGCAAACGAAAUCGCCUAGUCAGCCGGAUUUAACCCAACAAAAAUAAAAUAUGACUCGCCACGCCAUUAAAAUCGCUCACGUCAUUAAAACUACCCCAACCCAUGACCCAACCCUUUCUCUUAUUCUCUCUUUGACCCGACCGACCCGAACCUUCCAUCUUCUCGAUCUUUCCUCUCCAAAUCCGGCCACCUCCUAUGGUGGAAAACUUAAUCAAUUGUUACCCCUGGUGCAAAAAUGGAGACCAAGCCCCAAGAAGCAUCGCAAAACUUAAUCAAUCGUCGCCGUUGUCUUUCUUCGAGCCCAAGUUUUCGAUUCCAUGGCGCGGCGCCACUCCCUCGUCUACAUCUUCAACAUCCCGGGGACGGCGUCCAGCAGUAGCUGCAUCAUCUCCUCGUUCACCCUCGCCUUCUCCCCCUCCUCCCUCCUCACCGCGUCCACCGUCUCCUACAGCUGGAUCUCCCCUGCCUCGACGUCCACGGCCGAGUUCGCGCGGUGGAGCAAGUGGACGCGGUACGUCGCCUGUAUUUUGGUUGUCGCGGAUGCAGAUCUGUUGUCGGUGGAUGGUUAUUUUGGGAGGUGGACGGGAAUUUUCUUGGUCGCUGGCGGCGGUGGCUGGUUGGCAGCCUCGUGGAAGGCGUAUGUGACGGUGGAUGUUGUUGAGGAGGAGGAGAAGUGAUGGAAUUUCGGGAACCCUCUCAUGGCGAGAGGAGGAAGCGCUUGAAGAUAGGAACGAGGGGGGGGGGGGGGCAAAUGGACAGUUGUGAUGGAAAAUUGAGGGAAAUGGUCAUUAUUGAUUAUGAUUUACAGUAUCUUUCUGGAAAGAUCAUCCACUUCAUUCCUCGUCGCCAAAAUCCCCCAAAAAGUUCAAGAAGAAGCGCAAGAACUGGGAUUAGUGAACUGGGUAAGAGAUAGCGGUGGAGCAGGAGGUGGCCGAAUCUGGAGAGGAAAGGUUGAGAAGUUGGAAGGUUCGGGUCGGUCGGGUCAAAGAGAGAAGAAAAAAAAGGGUUGGGUCAUGGGUUGGGGUAGUUUUAAUGAUGUGGCGGUUGGUUUAUUUUUGUUGGGCUAAAUUCGGCUGACUAGGCGAUUCUGCUUGCCACAUCAACACUUAUUGGACUCUAUUAACGGAGUUUGACGGAGACUAACGGAGAGUGACCAAACAUGACAUGUUUUACUAAACUUAGUGAUCAUUA